CGGAGGACGGAGCGGACCGACCGGGAUAUUCUCAGGAUAUCGAAGUGAAUGAAAAAGCGAAUGAAAUGAAGAAAUGAACAACCGCAUGCGGAUUUUAGAGAAGAAGAUUUGAAAGGAAAAUAUUUGGCUGCUAGUGGAGAUAUUUUUUGCUUCAGAUACACAGAGAGAUUAGAGACUCCGCCGGCCAUGCAGCACUACGGGGUGAACGGCUACUCUCUCCACGCCAUGAACUCACUGAGCGCCAUGUACAACCUCCACCAGCAGGCGGCGCAACAAGCCCAGCACGCCCCUGACUACAGGCCCUCAGUGCAUGCCCUCACUCUGGCAGAGAGACUGGCUGACAUUAUCCUUGAGGCCCGGUAUGGCUCCCAGCACCGAAAGCAGCGGCGCAGUCGGACAGCCUUCACCGCCCAGCAGCUGGAGGCCCUGGAGAAAACCUUCCAGAAGACCCACUACCCUGAUGUGGUGAUGCGUGAACGUCUGGCCAUGUGCACCAACCUGCCCGAGGCACGCGUUCAGGUCUGGUUCAAGAACCGCCGGGCCAAGUUCCGUAAGAAGCAGCGCAGCCUGCAGAAGGAGCAGCUCCAGAAGCAGAAGGAGGUGUCCGAAACUGCAGAGGGCUCUACAGAGGACUCCAAGACUGACUCCACCAGCACCACCAGCACCACUGUGGUUCCUGAGGCCCGCACUCCUCCCCCUCCCUCCUCCUCUUCAUCCUGUCACUCAGAGACAGAGAGGCUGGCGGCCACACGGCCCCAGCCCGGAGAGAUGAGCGUGGAAGUCAACGUCACCUCCCCUGAGCCGUCGGACAGCGAGUCAGCAGCAGAAGAUAACGCUGACAGAGAGGACGAAACGAGAGGGGAGUCGAGGGUGAAGAUCAGGGAGGAGACGCAGGGGGAAGGCAGAGCGCAGCCGGGCAGCAGCUCUCCAUCCUGUAAACAGAUGAGCCCCACAUCAGACUCUCCCCUGAGCUCCCCCCCGCUGCCGUCCUCCAGCAGCGUGACCGGUGGUUUGGCGCAGAGCAACUCCUACGCUUCAUCUCCCCUCAGCCUCUUCCGGCUGCAGGAGCAGUUUCGGCAGCACAUGGCCGCCACCAACAACCUGGUUCACUACCCGUCCUUUGAAAUGAGCACUCCGUCCUCUCUGCCCUACCUGGGCAUGAACGUCAACAUGCCGUCGCCGCUGAGCUCGCUGCCCUGCCAGUCCUACUACCAGACCCUGUCGCAGGCCCAGCAGGUAUGGAAUAGUCCGCUGCUGCAGGCGCCACCAGGCGGCCUCCCCGGAAGCCUCAACAGCAAGACCACCAGCAUCGAGAACCUCCGUAUGAGGGCCAAGCAGCAUGCAGCCUCGCUGGGAUUGGACACGCUCCCCAACUGA